AUGCGACUUUUCACAGAGAUUAUCCCUCCUGCGUAUUUCCUGCCGGGGUUCUGUCUCACAGUGGCUGUCCUCGUGCUGUUGAGCUGCGUUCAGAAUGCCAUCCACAAUCUCCCAUACUACCGGAUUCCCGCUGUUGGGAUGAGCCGGUGGUCUCUAUUUGACCGACAGGCUAAUGUACGUUUUAUGGCCUCCGCCAGGGCUUUGAUCCGUGAAGGCUUUGAACAGGGCCACACGAUGUUCCAAGCAAUGUUUCCCCACGGCCCUAUGUUAGUGCUGCAUCCAAAGUAUGUGGAUGAAGUUAGGAGACAUCCUUCUCUCAGUCUAGAGGAAGCAGUCAAGGAGUCUCUCCCAGUCGGGGAUUAUCCAGGGUUUGAGGCUUUUCGGGGCACAGAGAACCACCACAUACUGUUAGAUGUGAUCAACCAAAAGAUAACUCGAAAUUUGAAACAGUACACGAUUUCUCUGGCCAGAGAAACGGAAUUAACGCUCGACGAACAUUUUGGCCAACCCCAAGAGUGGAAAUCCUAUUGUUUUGCCAGCGAAGUCCCUUACAUCGUCGCGCGCCUAUCGACCCUUGUUUUUCUAGGAGAGCAAGUGUGUCGCGAUACCGAAUGGCUCGAUAUAUCGGUGAACUAUACUCUGGACAUUUUCGGAGCAAUAACCGCACUAAGACGUUGGCCACCUAUCCUCCGACCUGUCGUUCACUGGUUUCUGGAGCCUGCUCAGAAACUCAGGAAGCGGGUGCAAGUAGCACGACGGAUUGUCCAGCGGGAAAUGAGGAGGCGGCAACAUGAACACAAGCCCAGGCAGCCGGAUGCGCUGGACUGGCUUCACGAAGUCGCAGGCGGUCGUCACUUGGAUGUGACUACAGCGCAAAUCGGCUUGACACUGGUGACGAUCCACACCACCUCUAACCUCCUCACCAACGUCAUUUACGACCUCGCAGCGAAUCCGCAGUAUCUUCCUCCUCUGCGGGAAGAGAUCCAAUCGGUAUUGGAGACAGACGGUACAUUUCACAAGACCAGUUUGACCAAGAUGAAGCUCCUGGAUAGCGUGGUUAAGGAGAGCCAACGGUUGAAUCCACCGGGCCUGACUUCGCUACACCGCUACGCUAUGGAGGAGAUUACACUCUCGGACGCAACAGUCAUUCCAAAGGGUGCCAGUCUCGUUGUCUCCGCCCAUACUAUGCAAGACGAGAGCAUAUAUUUAAAUGCGCACACUUACGACGGGUACCGGUUUUAUCGGAAGCGGCAAGAGCCAGGACAUGAAAACAAACACCAGUUGGUGAUGACAAGCGCAGAGCACUAUGGUUUUGGGCAUGGCGUACGCGCCUGUCCCGGUCGGUUCUUCGCAACAAAUGAGAUCAAAAUUCUUCUCGCCCACAUUAUUUUGAAAUAUGACAUCCGCUUCCCCGAUGGACAAUCCCGCCCUGUUAAUUGGGAGAUUGGACAGGACCUGGUUUGUGACCAAACCGUGCAAGUCUUAUUCAGGGCACGGUAG